AUUAUGAAUACCACUAUGAUGCAUUAUAGACCUUGGAUGCACCACCAACAAAUGAUGGUGGAUCACCAACCAUAUUACCAAUAUGCAAUUAAUGAUUUGCAAAGUUAUUAUUCAACAAGUGAACAUCAGGAAGAAGACAAUGAUCAUACUGGGGAUGAAAUGCCUUCGGAAACAUCAGGUGAUCAAAGUCCAAAUCCAGAUAUGUUUCGUCUUGCAUUUGCAGCAUCUCAGUGGUCAAAGUUGGUUUUAAAUGCAGAAGGACUAUUUAAUAAACUAAUGUCAACCAAUGUAUUACCACUUAAUGAGCAAAAUUUAUUGAAAAAUCAAAUUGAACAAUGGCUUUGCAUGAAACAAGAAUAUGAAGAAUGCAUUGCUGGUGAUGACUCUGCAAGUUUACAAGGUUAUAAUGAAAAUACAAGAAGAUCUUUAGAAAGAAUUGAAGAAGUAACUGAAACAGAUGAAAAGACUGAUGAAUCUAAUAAUUGGAUUAAAUUACAAUAUAGAACCAAAAGUUGUUCAGGUUCUGAAAGUGAAGUAUUUGACGAUGAGGAUAACAGUGAUUCUGAAUCAGAAAAUCCAAAUUUUCUUGAAAAAUUAGAUGAAUAUAUGAAAAAAUUUAAAACCGACACUGAUGAAAUCUUAGAUUCAAAGAAAAAUGACUAUUACAAAUUAAAAGAUUGUUCAUCUAUAUCAAAGGCAAUUAUAAAUAGUAGCUUUGUGCCAAUUGUUAAACCAAUACCUAUUAGAAAUCCAUCAUCACGAAGAAUGUCGAUAUUACCUUACUCAGACAUGAGUAAUGAAAUAGUUGAGUUCCAGAAACAAAAUAUAAACAGUAUAAAUCUAUUUCAACAGAAUCAUUUUAAUAAGAAUUCAGUAGCUUCUUUUGAUUCUAUUGAAAGGAAUGAAAAUCAAGAAAAAUUUGAUGAAAGUAUUGAAGAUGAAUCUACAAAAACAAUCAUAAAAGCACAACAUUUAACAGUUGAUUCAGAAUACAUAAAUAUUCUUAAGAAACUGAUGAACAAUAAUGAAGAGAAACAAUCUCAAGUAAAAAGAAUUCAGAUAGAUCUUGAUCUUGCAUAUAAACAAGUUGAAGAAUUGCAGAAUACUAUUAAAAUUAAACAACAAUUUAUUGAAGAUAUGCUACAAAAUUGUGAUGCUAGAAAUAGUGCAAAACAAAAAUUUCAAAAGAAGAAGAGCAAAUUUGAAGAAAAAUAUCGCAAUAUUGAAAAACUACUUAAUUUUAAACGAAUGCAUAGAAAUAUAGAAGAUGAAGUUGCACAUAAAGAAGAAAUUGAAAAAUAUGAAAAUUUAUUAAUGUAUUAUGAGAAAAAACUGAAAGACACAAAAAUAAUUAAACAAGUUGCUGGUAAUUCAGCAAAAACAAUUGUUUAUUUAAGUAAUUCUUUAAGUGCAUCACAAAAACAAAUGGAAAUGUUAAAGCAGCGUCUUAAGGAUGAAGAAGAACAUAAGAAAUUAGUUGAAGAAGAGUUGAUAUCUAAUCAUCAAAGAAUAAAGGAACUUGAAGAAAAAUAUAAUAUAACAUCAUCCAAAUUGAAAGACGUUAUAUCUGAAAAUGAAGAUGAAAAAAGUCAUUAUAGAGUUAAAAUGAAAUGUGAUGAUAAAGAUAAAAAUUUAGUAGAAGAAAAUGAAAGAAUUUCUAGAUUGGAUCAUUUAUUAAAAGAAAAAUUAGAUAUAGAAAGAAUAGAUAAUACUGAUGAGAAAGAAACUCUUAGGCAAGAAAUUCGAAAUUUGAGACAUAUAAGAGAUCGUUUAAUUGAUAUGAAAUGUAAGUACAUAAAUGGAAGAACUUCAACAACAGUUGGAAAAGAAAGGCAACUCUUACUUAUUAGUGAAUAUGUAGAAACAAUUGAUGCAAUGAUAGAACAGAAAAAUGUAAUGAUUUGUGGAAAAGUAGAUUUAAAUCAAAAUAAAUUUAAUAAGAUUGAUGAGCAAAUGCCAAUAAUGAAUAGAUUAGAAAAAUUAUCUCAUGAUGAACUUGUUACAUUAUUUUAUAAAUAUUUUUAUAAAGUUAUAGAUCUUAAAGAUAGUUCAAGAAAUCUUGAAAUACAAAAUGCUAUAUUAGAAGAAUCUAUUAAAAAACAAGCAAUAGAAAAUGACACAAAAAUGAUUAUGCUGCGAAAGAUGUAUGAGCAGCGAAUAAGUGUUUUUUAUAAAUUUUAUGCAGAAGAAAGUAGUAGUUCGGGAUAUGAUAACAGAAAUAAAGACUUUGAAAGAUUAAUAAAAGAAAAUCAAGCUUUGAGAAAUCGAUUGGCUCAUUUUGAUUCUCUUAUAAAAGCUUCGGGAACAACUCAAGCUGUUCGUUCUAAUUCUGUUAAAAAUACAAAGCAAGUAUUAAAACCAGAGUUAAUGCAAAUAGCAUUGCCACCAUUAACAACUACAGUUACUCGACAAGGAAAUAAGUUAAUUAUUCAAACUAGUGAAAAGAAGAAAUAAUUUCUUAAGUCAAAAUUAAUAUAAAGCUAAGAUCAAUUUCAGCUUAUCAGUUUUUUGUUAAAUUAAAAUUUUUUUUUAAAUUACAGUAUUACUUAUUUAAAUUAAAAAGAUUAG